GGGAGGUCCGCCUCAUUCGCAGAGCCAGUCCCCGAAUUGUCAGAGCGCUCCGGGCGGCUGCGGAGCCGGGGCGGCCGCGGGCUGGUCGUGCUCUCUCGGAGGUGCCUGCCUGAGCCGAUCCGCCCCGGUCCGCUAGGGCGAGAGCCGUCGCUGCUUCGGGGCAACUUGGGAUUCAGGACCCGCAGCAGAGGCGUUGCUUUGAGAUCGGGACUUGGCGACCAGGAAAGAAAUACUGAAUGGCAUCUAGAUUCUCUACACCUCCCUUUCCUCAAACACAGACAGGAUAAAUCAAGUUAACUUCCUAAGGAUGGAAAUCCUGUAUGAAUGCGGAAGCCAUUAGCAGAGUAAUUGCUGUCUGUUGCCAUGACAACCAGCCGCUGCAGUCACCUGCCAGAAGUGCUGCCAGACUGCACCAGCUCCGCUGUGCCCCUGGUGAAGACUGUGGAGGAUUGUGGCAGCCUAGUGAAUGGGCAGCCGCAGUAUGUCAUGCAAGUUUCGGCCAAGGACGGGCAGCUGCUGUCAACAGUAGUGCGGACUCUUGCCACCCAGAGCCCCUUCAAUGACCGGCCGAUGUGCAGGAUCUGCCACGAGGGCAGCAGCCAAGAGGACUUGCUCUCUCCAUGUGAAUGUACGGGGACCUUGGGGACAAUUCAUCGGAGCUGCCUGGAGCACUGGCUGUCAUCCUCAAACACCAGCUACUGUGAACUCUGCCACUUCAGGUUUGCAGUCGAGCGCAAACCCAGGCCAUUAGUGGAGUGGCUCAGAAACCCAGGCCCUCAGCAUGAGAAGCGGACUCUGUUUGGAGACAUGGUGUGCUUCUUGUUCAUAACUCCCCUGGCCACCAUCUCGGGCUGGCUCUGCCUGCGGGGCGCCGUGGACCACCUGCACUUUAGCAGUCGGCUCGAGGCCGUGGGACUGAUUGCACUCACUGUCGCACUCUUCACUAUUUACCUCUUUUGGACACUCGUGUCAUUUAGGUACCACUGUCGAUUGUACAACGAAUGGCGUCGGACCAAUCAAAGGGUGAUUCUCCUCAUUCCAAAGUCUGUCAACAUCCCUUCAAACCAGCAGUCCUUGCUGGGCCUCCAUUCUGUCAAGAGGAACUCAAAAGAGACAAUUGUCUGACAUUUGUGUGGUUGGUUGGUUGAUUCGUCGUUUGGGUUUGGAAGUGUCCGCACUGGGGCCGUGCCCUGAGCCACCCCCAAACCCUUCCUGAAGCCCGUGGGUCUAAGAACAUCCAGAGCCGUGUGAACACAGCACCCCGAGCAAUGAGCUCCGCCAGGAGAAAGCGAAUGCUGUUUCACUUCCAAUCACGGAUGCUGCAAUCUUAUGAUAUUUGCUAAGCUGCCAAACAUGUUUAUUUAGCAGAUACUGUGUGGAAUUUUCCGAACACCUCUUUAACAAAUGAGGAAGGUUGUCCUGCUGAGGAUGCAACUCGAUUCUUCCUUUUUAUUACUAUUUCAGAUAUAUAAACUUAUUAAACUUAGAUGAUAAUCAAAUUGAAAAGCCAA